UGUUGCACAGUCUGGAUGUGAGGCCCGAAUGCUUCAGGACUUCUUUCCUGAUGUGGCGCUAUCUGCUCAAGGCCGCUACGCUCAGAAGCUUCUCAACAAUCUGAUGGAUAAUUACUCUAAGGCUUUGAGGCCUGUGGAGGACACGGACAAGGCUCUUAAUGUUACAUUGCAGAUUACACUCUCGCAGAUAAAAGAUAUGGAUGAGAGAAACCAGGUGCUGACCACAUAUUUAUGGGUGCGGCAGAUCUGGCAUGAUGCGUAUUUACGGUGGGAUAAAGAUGAGUAUGAUGGUCUGGAGGUCAUCCGCAUCCCUAGUGAUCUGGUCUGGAGACCCGACAUUGUCCUUUACAACAAUGCUGAUGAAGAAGACUCGUCAGGCCCUCCUGACACUAAUGUAGUGUUACGGUACACAGGUGAAAUCACAUGGGAUGCUCCUGCAAUCACAAAGAGCACAUGCGUGGUGGAUGUCUCCUAUUUCCCUUUUGAUAGCCAGCAGUGCAACCUUACUUUUGGCUCUUGGACUUACAAUGGCAACCAGGUGGACAUUAACAUGGGUGGUAUGAAGAGUGGUGACCUCUCAGACUUUGUGGAGAACGUGGAAUGGGAAUGUCAUGGCAUGCCCGCUGUCAGGAAUGUAAUCAUGUAUGGCUGCUGCUCAGACCCAUACCCAGACAUCACCUACACAGUGCUUCUCAAACGGCGCUCCUCGUUCUAUAUAUACAACCUGCUCCUCCCCUGCUUUCUAAUCUCCUUCCUGGCACCACUUGGCUUCUAUCUCCCGGCUGACUCUGGCGAAAAGGUCUCACUCGGAGUCACAGUGCUUCUAGCCCUCACAGUGUUCCAGAUGAUGGUGGCUGAAAGCAUGCCACCGUCUGAGAGUGUGCCACUCAUUGGCAAAUACUACAUCGCAACCAUGACAAUGAUUACAGCCUCCACCUCAUUGACGAUCUUCAUCAUGAACAUUCACUUUUGUGGUGCCGAAGCCAAACCGGUGCCCCACUGGGCCAAAGUUCUAAUUAUAGACUACAUGGCAAAGAUUUUCUUUGUGUAUGAGGUAGGGGAAAACUGCACCACUCCUCAAAGUGAACGUGUGCCAUCUUUUCUUGAGGAUCCCCUGGCUACUCUGGAAAAUUACGACUAUUUCUCCAGCAGUUUUUACAGCAAUCAUUUACAUGACGAGUCAGUUAAUCAGUAUAACAGGUAUAAUAACGGUGGCAGAGACUGUCACCAUGCCAGAAAUAACCAGUCAAAUGGCUAUCAGUUCAAUUCUCUGAACGCAACACAUAUACCACCACAGAAACCGCACCAGCCAAAAUUCAUACACCACAUUGGCAGAGAUGGUAAUGCAGUAAACCUGAGGGAGGAGAAGCUGAGACAGGGUGAUCUCUCUACACCUGAAAAACUCAACGGGUACACUUAUGAACCGUACACAAUGCAAGACUACAGUAAAAAGUCUAGCACUGAAGAGUGCAUCUGUGUGUGUGCUCAGCACCAGAAAGUGGUGCAGAACAUUGAGUACAUCGCCAAUUGCUUUCGGGAGCAACGAUCAAACCAGGCCAAAGGAGCAGAGUGGAAGAAAGUUGCCAAGGUAAUGGACAGGUUUUUCAUGUGGGUGUUCUUCAUCAUGGUCUUUCUUAUGAGCAUCCUCAUCAUGGCCAAGGCUUCUUGAGAUCCAAGUUGAAGAUAGGGGUAAUGUGUAAAGAUAUGUUCCAUUCAGAAGAAGCUUAAAACAAAAAGAAAUGAUGUAGAAAAUGAGGAACACUGUUCUUCAUGCUACUAAAAUAGUAAUUUUACCUGCAGAAAAUGAUAAUAGAAAAUUGGAAUAAAACCCAUAUCCAUUGUGACAUGGAUUCUUGAGGUAGACUGAAUUUAAUUAUGAUGUAUAGGUUGCUGCCUGACAGGUUCCAGAGUUUGAUACUGAGCUUGGGUUAGUGUCUAUGUGGUGUUUUUGUGCAAGUUAUAUACAGUAUGUUUGCUUUCUGUGGGGUUUUCCAUAUCCCAAAUGUCAUGCCAGUAAGUGGAAACUAUCACUUGCCCUUUAAAUGUGAAUGAGAGCAUCUCAAUGGUCCUGAGUGCUUACUGAAUAUGCUGAAUAAAUGAAAGUAUAAAAAUAUGCUCUGUGUCUUCAUAAAGGCUUUAUAUUAAACAC